CGAGAACAUAAUAUAAAGCAACGAUGUUUGUCUACUCAAUGUAGUCGAUCAAAAUGUCGUUAAACAUCACCACGUCACCGUGUUGGUCACAAUUGAUCAGUACCGCUGGAAUCACACCCAGUACAAUAGCAGCGGUAUUUCAGUGUUUUGCAGCUGCUAAUUUACUUUUAUUAGAUGACAACUCGGUACCAGAUGUUUCAACUGACUAUGAUUCCGGUGAAUUUGACUUCAUAAUAAUUGGUGCGGGAUCCGCGGGAAGUGUAGUUGCAAAUAGAUUAAGUGAAAUAGAAGACUGGAACAUCUUGCUUUUAGAGGCUGGAGGAGUCCCGCCAAUUGCAUCUGAUAUACCUGGGCUGCAAACUGUUUUGUACGGAACUGAAAAUGAUUGGCAAUACACAACAGUAAAUAAUGGUAUUACAAGUCAAGGACUCAUAAAUGGUUCCGUAGCAUGGACAAAAGGAAAGAUGCUUGGAGGCAGUAGUAGCAUAAAUGCUUUAGCGUAUGUACCAGGUAACACCCAAGACUACCAAAACUGGUAUAACGCAGGAAACGAAGAAUGGAGUUUAGAACAUGUGGACAGAUGUUUCAAGAAAUUAGAGAGUCUUCAAAAUGAGAAUAUGUUGCAAGAUCCAAAUAUCAAAGAUCUGUACGGUCAUGAUGGUCUAUUAAAAAUAAACAGAUUCAAUCACACACAGCGCACUUAUACAGAUUUUGUGAUUAAUUCGUGGGACAAUAUCGGAUUUGAGAAAGUUUCUGACUUCAAAGCAACAAAUUUCUUAGGCUCAGGCGUAAUAAUGGCUACAGCGACCAACGGAGUAAGACAGAGCACGAAUAAGGCGUAUUUACAGCCAGUUAAAGACAGAUCAAAUUUAAUCAUAAUGACAGAUAGCUUAGUAACCAAAAUUUUGGUGAAUGAUACUUUAUCAGCGUACGGUGUUGAAGUCGAGAAAGACGGCCAAAAAAAGGUUUAUUACGCAUCUAAAGAAAUAAUUUUAAGUGCUGGUUCUGUCAGUUCUCCACAGCUCUUAAUGCUGUCUGGUGUGGGCCCUAAAGAACAUCUUGAAUCAAAUAACAUAGAAACUUUAGUUGAUUCUCCGAUGGUUGGACAAAAUCUUCAAGACCAUGCUUUAUUGCCGAUAACAAUUUAUGGCAAUGCACCUGGAGAAAAAACAUUACUUGACGUGAUAAGUGAUGUCACUGAAUAUGCUAUAAAACAAGAAGGCAUUUUUGCACAAAGCAGUAUUAUAUCUGAUGUUGCUGCAUUUUAUUCUACAGUGGAAGAUGCCACCUAUCCUAACAUUGAAACUCAUCUUACAAUCGUCAACAAAAACAGUAAUACACUUGAAUACUCUUUACAGGCAAGUUUCCGUUACAAUGAUUCUGUAUUAGCUUCAAUCGCAGAUCUGAAUAAAGAUUACGCGAUUUAUUUAUUCGAGGCUAUACUUUUGCAUCCUUAUUCCAAAGGUAACAUUUCUUUGCAAUCUAACGACCCAAAGGACGCACCUCUAAUUUACGCGAACUAUUUCGAUGACAGUAGAGAUUUAGAUGUUGCAGUAGCUGGUAUUAAAAUGGCAACAAAAAUUUUGGACACUCCAUACUUCAAGAUGAUUAAUGCCUUUUUGGGAAGGAUGAAUGUGCCGGAAUGUAAUGAGUAUGAAUUGGACAGUGAAGAUUAUUGGAGGUGUAUUUCUAAAAACUUAGUCUCCUCCAUCUUCCAUCCCAUGGGGUCCUGUAAAAUGGGAUCUGACAUAAGUACGUCGGUAGUGAACAGUAGGCUACAAGUCCACGGUGUGAGCAACCUGCGUGUGAUCGAUGCUGGAGUAUUUCCUUCGACCAUAAGUGGCAACAUCAAUGGCGCUUGCAUUAUGGUGGGUGAAAGAGGAUCGGAACUGAUCAAAGAAGAUUACAAUAAAGAAUAAAAUUAACAC